GAGACGACGAAGAGGUUGGCUUCGAUUCGACAGCCUUCAUCUUCUUCGUCUCGUGACUCAUACGUUUGAUUCCUCGUCGCUGUUUGGUUUGGUAAGUAUCUCAUGGAGCGUGCGACUGAUUCUUCAGCUUCGGGCGCUGCUGACGAAGAAGAAGAAGAAAAAGAAGAGCAGGUGAUGAGUGAAGUGCACAUAGGUUGCCCUCCAUACUCCUCGGGGCCCCACCUCUCCAGCUUCACCAUCUCCGCUCCGCCUGGACACCGAGGAAUCGUACUCGACCAGGAUGGCGAUCUCGUUGUAACAAGGCGAGACCAACCAUCUUCACAUUGUUUUAGUGUGAUCAUACAGCAUAAUAUCACAUCUUCUAUCCCAAAUGUCGGGUUGCAGGUAUGGAAAGCUGAGCUAGCAUUAUCUGAUUUUGUGUUGCAUACCGUGUCCACUUCUUCUGACUUUGAUAGGGUCGUUGCGUUGGAGCUUGGUGCUGGAACAGGGUUGGUUGGCAUAUUGCUCUCCCGUCUAGCUAAGACGGUAUUUCUCACAGAUCAUGGAUAUGAAAUCCUUAACAAUUGUGUGAAGAAUGCUGAGCUUAAUGAUGGAGUCCUGAACUAUAAGGCUACUGUUCAUGUGCGUGAGCUCAACUGGAUGAAUUAUUGGCCUCCUAAUGUGUGCACAGAAGUUUCUGAGUCACAAGCGAGGUACUCUUGGACAUCCUCAGAAGUGGAAGAAGCUGAAACCUCUUCUUUACUUUUAGCUGCUGAUGUCAUCUACAGCGAUGAUCUAACCGACGCAUUAUUCUGUACCUUACAAAGACUAAUGUCGCGAGGAUCAGAAAAGGUACUAUACUUGGCUUUGGAAAAGCGUUAUAACUUCAGUCUCGAUGAUCUAGAUGUAGUUGCGAAUGGUUACUCCCACUUCUUAAGUUAUGUGAGGAUUGAAGAAGGAUGCGAGUUCAAUGAUUGCAAUUCAUCGCCUGGUUUUGUCGGCAAAUGUGUUGAUCUAACUCAACUUCCACAAUACGUUCUAAACUAUGACCGAGGAAAUGACGUCGAGAUAUGGAAGAUCAGGUACAACAGAGGAUGAAACCAUCGAGCCCAAACCUUCGAUCGAGCCGGAGACGCUAUUGCUAUAAGAAACCGGUCGCUAUUCAACUUCUGAUCUCACCAGUUUUGCCACAGAAAAGUCCAGAGAGAGCUUCAGUCAUCUGCCUUCACAAUGCCGGGUUUGCCUUCUUUUUCACCGAUUUGCUCCAAA